AUGUCUGACUACAAGCCAACUGAGCACGACGGUCUCCGCAAGGACGGCCAGCCAGACAAGCGUGUCGGCACUGGCGAGUUCGCCCAGGGCAAGGUCGACCCAGUCGAGGCCGGAAAGAAGGGUGGCAACACCUCAGGAGGCAGCGAUGACAGCUCCGAGGGCGGCGAGAGCGGCGGCAAGGGACAGUUCGCUGGCGGCAAGGUCGACCCAGUGGAGGCUGGCAGGAAGGGCGGAAACUCUUAG